AUGCCCCCCUCCCCCCCCCCAACAAAAAAAAAAAGAAAGGGACAAAAACCUCGGGGGCCUGCCUUGGGCUGCCUUGAGGUCUCAGAGCAUUCGCUGAAGUUGUCGGACUUCGACGUGAAAGCCGCCUGCGCCGCCGACUUCGUGGGGACUGCCUCGGUGAAAGUUUGCGCAGAAGAUGCCACCGAGUACUCGCUCUCUGGUUGCCGGCCAACGGUCUGCAAGGCCAUCAACGACGUCGCUUACUCUGUCGAGGUGAAGAGCCUGGAAAGGCAUUCCUUUGACGUUGGCGUCAGCUGUGCCGACGGCUACACCGGUGAGGUGAAGAUCUGCGAAGAAGAUGGCGAGGGCUUCACUCUCGAAGGCUGUGUGCGUACAACCACAACAACUUCAACGACGACAACCACCACCACGAGCACAACUACAACUACGAUCACCACUACGACAACGACAACAGUCACGACAACUACCACCACAAUCACGACAACCUCAACUGUGACAUCCACUACCACGACCACCGUGACGACCACUAGCACCACAACUACCACCUUCACAACAACAACCACCACCACAAGCACAAGCACCACAACCGUUACCACUACGACAACUUCGACGACAACCUCCACCACAACCUCGACCCGCACCACUACGAGCACGACAACCACUACCAGUACUACGACCGAGACAACCACCACCACCCUGACAACCACAUCUACUACGACCACAACGAUUACCUCCACCACUACGACGACGACCACGACCACAACGACGACAUCCACAACUACCACAACCUCAACUACAACAAGUACGACCACGACGACAACCACCACAACGACCUCAACUUCCACAAGCACUACCACGAUCACGACGACAAGCACAUCAACAAGCACCACAACGACGACUUCUACCAGCACUACAACGAUCACAACAACUUCCACGACGACAACGACCACUACGACGAGCACCACCACCACUACCACGUCGACCAGCACUACCACAGUGACCACAACUACAACUACAAGCACCACCACAACGACCUCUACCACAACCACCAUCACCACUACUUCAACGAGCACCAUCACAAGUACCACAACCACAACUACCAGCACAACCACCAUCACGUCUACAACUACCACAUCCACUUCCACUACCACCACGACGAGCACAACAACGACCACUCUCACAACAACUACAACCACCACCACCUCCACAUCAACCACGACCACUACCACCUCAACAAGCACUACAACCACGACAAGCACGACAACUUUGACCACGACUUCGACAACGACUAUCACCACUACCACGACAACCUCGACAACCACAACCACGACUAGCACGGUGACCUCUACAACAACCACCACAACGUCCACGAGCACCAGCACGACAACUACAUCCACGACAACGACUACCACAACCACAACCACCACAACGUCCACUAGCACCAGCACAACGACAACGACGACGACCAGCACCACUACAUCUACCUCUACCACCACAUCCACGACAACCACCACCACCACCACAACAACUACCACAUCAACGACCACAACGACGACAACCACCACUACGACUUCUACAUCAACCAGCACGACCACUACGACUAGCACUACAACUACCACAACCACCAGCACGUCAACAUCCACCAGUACUACAACCACGACCUCCACGACGACCUCCACAACCACGACCACCUCCACAACGACGUCGACAACCACGACAACUUCCACGACUACAUCCACGACAACGACUACAUCGACAACCACAUCCACGAUCACGACGACAAGCACCAAGACGACCACGUCGACGACUUCCACAAGCACUACGACUACGACCAGUACCUUCACGACCACCACCACUGUCACAUCUGCCGACUGCGUGCCUCCAAAAGACGCGCAAGGUUAUGACCUGAAGGUCAAGUCGAUUCACAUUGACGACUUCGACGUGUCUGCCAGCUGCUGGGAGGGUUACGACGGCCAGGCGGUCGCGAUGUCUUGCGAGCAUCCCGGCCAGAGCUAUAGACUGACUGGCUGCAAAUGGAGUCGCCACUGCAUCGCUCCCAACGAGACCAAGGGCUACAAGGUGAAUGAGCGCUCUUUGGACGUCGACAGCUUCGACGUGCAAGCCGAGUGUUCCCUGGAUCCGAGCAUGACCGCAACGGUUACGAAGUGCAACGAAACCUUCGCGAAGUACCAGCUCUCCGGGUGCCGCACCAGCGCCAUCUGCACGAGCCCGGAGACUACCGAGGGCUACAUCGUCGAGGAAAAGGCACUUCUCCGUCACGAGUUUGACGUCACGGCCUCCUGUGCUGCUGGAUACACAGGAACCGGAUCGGUGAAGCCUUGCGACCAUCAUCUCAAGCCCUACGUCCUCUCCGGCUGCAACGCUCUCUGCCUGGCACCGAAGGCAGCUGAGAGCUACCUGGUCGAGGAGAAGAGCCUGUUCAUGGAGUCCUUCGAUGUGACCGCCAAGUGCGUCCACGGCUUCGAGGGCACGGCGAAGGUGAAGAAGUGCUCGAAGCCUGGUGGAAGCUACUCCUUGAGUGGUUGCUCCUACGGAGGUGCCUGCACGGCCCCGGAAAGCACGGAGGGCUACUUGGUCACGGAGGUGGAGCUCCGCAAGACGGACUUGGAUGUAACGGCGGAAUGUGCCCCGAACUACAUCGGCACGGCUGCGGUGACGCCUUGCUCUGAUGACUUGGGCUCCUACGCCCUCACCGGCUGCGAGGCCGAAAAGAAGUGCUUCUCCCCUGCUUCCGACUCUUCGGAGGGCUACGACCUGGUGGAGAACUCCGUGGCCAUGGAGAACUUCGAUGUGACGGCUACAUGCAAGAGCACUCAUGUGGGAACUCCCCAAGUGACGGCCUGCACCAGGCCACUGACGCCCUACACCAUCGCCGGCUGCGAGGAGAAGAUCGUCUGCGUCACUCCUUCCGAAACAAAGGGCUACAAAAUCACUGAAGUCUCCAAGCUGCAGCAGACCUUUGACGUUAAGGUGGAGUGCGACCUUGGCUACGAGGGCACGGCCUCCGUCACAGCCUGCUCAGCGACUGGGGAGGUCUACACUCUCGGCGGCUGCACCUACAGCACCGACGUUUGUGUCGCCCCCGAGUCUACCGAGGGAUACCUGGUCACCGAGACCAACCUACGCCAGUCGGUGCCCUGGGCUGCAAUCCCCCCUUUAAACUGGAGAACAAGAUCUGUAAGAUAUGAUGCGAAUUUAGUCUCUAUAUGA